AUGCCCAACACCGCAAGGCUCCUAACAGCCAACACGGCCUAUCUCCUCGACGAAGCCAAAAUCAAAUACGUCGCCAUCGGCUGGCAAGCUCUCGACACACUCGGAGACGAGAAAACCCCCGGAGAAGUCGACAUCGCCAUCCUAGAUGGUCAAAUAACAGACGCAAUCAAUCACCUCGUAUCCGCCGGGUUCGACCAGCCCUGCAAUAGACCCAACUGUGCCGAGUUCAAAACGGACCGCGGCGACCCCGUUGUCAAAGAGCGAGAACGAGCCCAGGCGAGGAGAUUGAGACCAGAUCCAGGCUCGAAGCCAGUACUUGACCCCGAAUCCGGGUAUGCCGGACGUGGCUGGGCAUACGCGCGCUGGCACGGUAUCGCUGAAGCGCAUUUCCAUAUUAAUGGCGCAGAUUACCUCCUCUCUCUACACCGCAAGUCACAGACUCUUUGGUGGAUGAGUGAUGAAGAGUUCGGUAUAACCAAAGAAGACCUCGCUAUUGCAAAUGCCCCGGGUAGUGAGAAUCCACACCCGCAUUUGAUCCUCUCGACCGACACAGAACGCAUCCCGCCGCGCGGCCAGCCCUAUAAUGGCUGUGGACCUUGGAGCACACUAUACGCUGUGAAAAUCCUGAAUCCAGACUCGUCCACGGACGCAGUGCUAUUCCUUCUGUGUCGGUAUCUUAAUCAUGAAGGGCAUCUCGACAAGAUGUGUUUGAAUAUGAUUGCUUGCUUGAAGGAUAAAUCCCCGAAUAGGCUUAAGAAGAACGUUCGGCCGGAAUUCAAACACCUCUGGGACGCGUUUAAUGGGCGUGCCAAGUAUCCUAGGUCAUACUUUGCGGGCAGAAAUGAGUUGGGGCCUUUGCCACUGCCGCCGGUGAGGGAGGAGAGGCAAGAUUGA